UGAAUUGGAUGUUGUCAAGGCAACCAUGGCCUCCACCUAUAUUAUUGGCUAAGCUGGAUGUACCUGUCAGUGGAGUUGAGGACGGACUGGCAAACACAAUCCUGACACUGCCUUUUGCAACUUAGCAGGAGAUCCUUCUGGCAAUGAUUUGUUGUUCGGGUAUAGGUGACAGGAAGGCAAAGCUACAGGCACAAUUUACACAAAUGCGUCCUGUUGUACGAGUGGCACAAGAUGCCCAGGAUCUUCUUGUAGAAUGUUGCGUAUGGUUCAUCAAUCUCCUUUCGUCUGAAUCCAAUGAAGUGCACAGCUACAAACAAUCAUUGCUGAAUUACAUCCUUCUUGACAUCAUUGAUGUGGAAGUUCAUUACAUCGUUGUGUCGGCUUAUCAGUACACGUCCUUAACCAGUGUGAUGCUGCGGAAUUGCUGGUCGGUUCCAUGUGUCAUUGUGUGCAGUUGGAUCUUCCUGAAGGCAAAGUAUGGGCUGAGGAAUUUAUUGGGUGUGGGAGUUUGCGUGGCUAGGCUAAUUUUGGUCUUAUUUUCGGAUGUACAUGCUUUCGGUCGAGAAAAAGGACUCAACUUUCUAACAGGUGAUUUGCUUGUCAUUGGAGGCUCCAUGCUUCAUGCCUUCAGCAGGGUUACCAAGGAGUACUUUGUCCACGAAAGCACCAGAGUUGAGGUGAUGGCAAUGCUAGGUGUUUUUAGAGCAAUUAUAAAUGGUAUACAGAUAAGCAUAUUCAAACAAAAAGAGCUCAGAUCGACUCACUGGACUGCUGAUAUGUGGGCUGUUCUAAUGCGUACAAUCGCUUACCAAGAGAAGGUUGAUGUGAUGUACUUCAUUUCUUUUGUUGGCACAGCAACUGGCUUUGUGAUAUACUCAUACAGGGGCUCAAGGCAGAAUACUAGAGAGACAGCACGAGUUACACAUGCCAUGGAUGAGGAGGCUGCAGCGGCAAACAACACAGCACAAGUUCCUGUUACUUUUGGUCAGUGCUUGCAAUUUUCCUGGGAUCCUGGUGGAAGUAAUGCUACACAUCGGCUUGAGGGCAAGCCGAAUUUUAAGAAGAGGGGAAUGUUAGGAAAGAUGAAUGAGUCUCUGGACAGGAAGGGGAUGCCGGUUUUUCCAGAGCAUCCAACAAUAAAGGUGUAUGAAGAAGGAGGAAGCAAUCAGACACUUGAAGAUAAUGUGGUCGUAAUCUUCAUCUGCCUGACAGAGCCAAGGUCACACACGACGCUGUGGGUGGCGGACUUCCCCGUUUUUCUUGAUGAGAACCUGAAGGACAUCUUCCACUGGCAGGAACUGGUCUGA